GGAGCUACGAGGAUGUCUGGUGGUGUCCCUUUGAUCACUCUACCGGCCGGUUACCUUGGGAGCAGCUUCAUGGGAGCAUGUAUGAUCGCUUGUGGAUUCAAUACGAAUGCCUCCAAGAUCGCAACUUUGGUAAUGGCCGCAGUCUUCAUACUGGCCUUGUUCUGGUCAAGGCGAAACGUCUUGUAA